AAAAAAAUAAAUAAAAAUAAGAGAAUCCAAUAAAGUUAAUAGAUCUCCUUCUUCUUCAUUCUGAUUCUGAUUUUUGUUAAAAAAUAAAAUAAAAAAUAAAAUGGUUGCUUUCAGCGGCGAUGAAACUGCUCCAUUCUUCGGGUUCCUGGGCGCCGCCGCUGCCCUAAUUUUCUCCUGCAUGGGAGCGGCUUACGGGACUGCAAAAAGCGGUGUUGGGGUUGCGUCGAUGGGUGUGAUGAGACCCGAGCUUGUGAUGAAAUCGAUUGUGCCUGUUGUGAUGGCUGGUGUGUUGGGUAUCUAUGGCUUGAUCAUCGCUGUCAUUAUCAGCACUGGCAUUAACCCUAAGGCCAAACCUUACUAUCUCUUUGAUGGCUACGCUCACUUUUCUUCUGGCCUUGCUUGUGGUCUCGCUGGCCUUGCUGCUGGCAUGGCCAUUGGUAUUGUUGGCGAUGCUGGCGUUAGAGCAAAUGCCCAACAACCAAAGCUUUUUGUUGGAAUGAUUCUCAUCCUCAUCUUUGCUGAGGCAUUGGCGUUGUAUGGUCUCAUUGUUGGCAUCAUCCUCUCGUCCCGUGCUGGCCAAUCCAGAGCUGAUUAAUGUAAAUUGUGAAAUUUCAUGUUGCUUGUAGUGCACAGCCAUGGAUUGUGAAUGUUACUAGCCACUUGGGCUUGGUAAGAGUGGAGCUUUGUCAUUCUCUUCAUUUGUCUUAUGACUCUUAUCUACUUGUUAUAAAAUUGAGUUUAUCCUGUAAUAAAGCCUGUCAAACUAUUUCUUUGGCCAUUACUGUAUUUAAUAAUGUUAAAUCCAAAGUAGAUUAGAGAUCUCUGCCAUGAAACAGAUGUUUUUGUUGAUUUCAAUAAUGCUUAGUAUUGUGUCCUACACAAUUCAACACUCCAGCCCUAACCCCAA